CCCGGAGCUGGACCCUCCGGGGCCCGCGCGCCGGGGGCCCCGCGGCGAUGCUGUUCCGUUUCGGGGUGGUGGUGCCUCCCGGCGUGGCCCAGGGCCGUCCGCACUUGCUGGUGGUGGGCUCCCGGCCCGAGCUGGGGCGCUGGGAGCCUCAGAAGGCCGUGCCCAUGAAGCGGGCGGGCGGCGCGGCCGGGCCCGACGGGGCGCGCGGGCUGCAGGAGCCCGGCCUGUGGCUUGCGGAGGUGGAGCUGGCCGGGGAGCCGCCGCCGGAAGCCCAGGAGCAGCAGCAGCAGCCGCGGCGGCGGCGGCCCGAGGGGGCGGGGCCCGGCGUCCCUGACACUUUCUGGUACAAGUUCCUAAAGCGGGAGCCGGGAGGAGAGUUCUCCUGGGAAGGUAAUGGGCCUCACCAUGACCGCUGCAGUACUUAUAAUGAAAACAACUUGGUAGAUGGUGUGUACUGUCUUCCCAUUGGACACUGGAUUGAAGCCACGGGGCACACUAACGAGAUGAAGCAUACAACUGAUUUCUAUUUUAACAUUGCAGGUCACCAAGCUAUGCAUUAUUCAAGAAUUCUCCCAAAUAUCUGGCUAGGAAGCUGCCCUCGACAGUUGGAGCAUGUAACUAUCAAACUGAAGCAUGAAUUAGGAGUGACAGCAGUAAUGAACUUUCAGACUGAAUGGGAUAUUAUACAGAAUUCAUCAGGUUGCAACCGCUACCCAGAGCCCAUGACCCCAGAGACCAUGAUCAAGCUUUAUAAAGAAGAAGGAAUGGUCUAUGUAUGGAUGCCUACACCAGACAUGAGUACUGAAGGCAGAGUGCAGAUGUUGCCUCAGGCGGUCUGUCUGCUCCACAGCCUGCUUGAGAAUGGACACACCGUCUACGUACACUGCAAUGCUGGUGUUGGUAGAUCUACAGCUGCCGUGUGUGGCUGGCUCAAGUAUGUGAUGGGCUGGAAUCUGAGGAAGGUGCAGUACUUCCUCCUGUCCAAAAGGCCUGCCGUGUAUAUCGACGAAGAGGCGUUGGCACGUGCAGAGGAAGAUUUUUAUCAGAAGUUUGGGAAGAGGGCACAUUUAAGGAAGAAGAUAGAUAAUCUUAUAGAAGAGUAAACAACAUGAAGACCCUCAAGUUCAUGUGACAUGACGACAAGUCAAAUGAUGUGCAAAUGUUUGUCCUGGGGAAGAAAUUUGGGUGGAGCAUGGAGCAGUAUUUGAAGAACUGUUCUGGGAAAGAGGAAUUGGACUUCUGUUUGACCUCAGAAGAUGGAACUAGGAACAGUGCGGUGGGAAUUGCAAAUAGUCAAAUUUAGAAUUUUUUUUUUUAGUUUUUUCCUCCAUUGAUGAUUUUUUUUAUCAAAAGCUGAAAGACUGCCUGUUAAAUAUAAUGUAAGGGAGGCUCUUGUUUUUAUUGUUUAAACUAGAUGGCUUCUGAAAAAGUUUUAUCUCAGCAUCUGUGAAAUGUGUCAGCAUUGAACCCUGAUCCUGAGGGAGAUGGGAAGGACUCCUUGUUUGAGGAAUCUUCUGUCAAAGGGGAAGGAGGCCUUAGACAAGAUUUACGUUCUGCUUCUAGGACCCAUAAGAGAAUUGAGGGUCAAGUGAAAAAUAGAGAAUGAGGGGCCACACUAACUGUCUCUGGCUUUUGCCAAUAGGAUAUAUGAGUUAAAAGACUGCUUAUUAAUAGCAUUUUCCUUCUAUUCCAGAAGAGUCUAUAGGAGGUGGAAUUAUAGAACUUGACUAUACUGACCAGUUGUGUGAUUCUCACUUAAAGUCAUCCCCAAAUGAUUUCUGUCUUCUUGGUCUCUUACAAAGGUUUUAUUUUUAUUUUUAUUUUUAUUUUUCAUUUUUAGCCUUUGUACAGCUGUUAAAAAGAAUCUUUCUGGCUUCAUCUCUGUCUGAUACAUUUGUCCCCAUGAAAACUUAAUGUAGGUGGAAAUGGCAGUUCUGUGUGGUCCUUGACAUAUUGUUGAAGUUUUAUCUUAUAUCCCUACCACAGGAAGGUUAAGGAUCAUUUCUUUGAAGGAUUCACUAUUAAACUUGCCAAGAAACAAAGGGAGCUUCCUCAGGACUUUGGCACAAACAAUAUAAGAUUUUUACUAGGAAGCCAGAAGGCUUGACCUUUUUUUUUUUUUUUUUUUUUUAAAGCAGAGAAAGACAGCUAGA